AUGUCAUUUAUCGCUUUUGCUUGCGUCAAUUUUUGAUUUUAUUUACAUUUUCAUUACUGAAACUCAUUCACUUGUUGUGUGAAUUCAUUCUAUAAACUGAUACUGAAAGUUUAAUUGGAUGGAAUAUAAGUAUAGCAGCAUGCAAAUGGGUCGCAUGGGCCCUCCAUCAGGGGGCGGGGAGGACGAGACGGCGGGUCAGGCCCUGACUGACUUUCUGCUGCAACUGGAGAACUACAACCCGUCGAUACCAGACGCUGUUGUGUCCCACUAUUUGAACAACUCUGGAUUCGAAUCGCAGGAUCCCAGAUUGGUAAGACUGAUAGCUUUAGCUUCUCAAAAAUUCCUAUCGGACAUAGCAAAUGAUGCCUUACAACACUGCAAAAUGAGGACAUCCAGCCAAAUAACCCAAAGCUCUAAGAACCAGAAAGGCCCUAAGGAAAAGAAGUAUGUUAUGACGAUGGAAGACCUGGUUCCAGCUCUCCAGGAGUACGGGAUCACCGCCCGCAAACCACACUACUAUGUUUAAGACAAAAUUACGCUUGUAUAAAGUGUCUUUAAUAUUAAAAAUAUAAUCAGCAAUACUUUUUCUCAUAUCUUAACUCAAUGUUUCUCAAAUGUCUACUCUGAAAUUAAUGUUUUCCGUAUGUUUGUGUACCAAAAUUCAGUUUCUUAUUUCAUUUUGUUAUUUAAUAUUGUAGGCUAACUACUACUGUAUUAAAAUGGUUUUAAAAUAAUAA